ACUGAUGAAUUUGAUAGAAGAAGAAUAUGCAUGCAUUUUCCAAGAAUCUGUGGAAUUUUAGUUUUCCUUGUUCUUCUAUAUAAACACACGUUGGUUAAGGUUGUUAGGUCAUUACUAAAAGACGAACUUCAGAAAUGGACAGCAGAUCUUCUGCUCCUCCGUUGUUGUUGAUUUCGCUUCUUAGCUUUGCUUCUCUGCUGAUCAAAUGCCACUCUUCUUCCUCAGAUGAACUCAAGACUUACAUUGUCUACACUGGGAACAGCAAGACUGAUGAAGCUUCUGCCUUGUCACAGUACACAAGCUUGCUGCAAAAUGCAGCCGACAGCAAUGCUGCGCCCAAGACAGUUCUUCAUCAGUACAAACGGAGUUUCAAUGGCUUUGUUGUGAAGCUAACACAGAAAGAAGCUGAGAGAAUGUCCGGACUUGAUGGUGUGGUCUCCGUCUUCCCCAAUCGAAAGAGACAACUCCACACGACAAAAUCUUGGGAUUUCCUUGGCUUCCCACAGAACGUGCAGAGAGCCAGGACUGAAAGUGAUAUCAUCAUCGGAGUUAUUGAUUCUGGAAUCUGGCCAGAAUCCGAAAGCUUCAUCGACAAAGGAUUGGGUCCACCACCUAAGAAAUGGAAGGGCGUAUGUCAAUCAUCCGCUAAUUUCACUUGCAACAGAAAAAUCAUUGGGGCAAAGUAUUACAGAUCUGAUGGAUCAUUCGAUGGUGAGGAAAAGUCUCCAAGAGACUAUGCUGGUCAUGGGACUCAUAUAUCAUCCACAGCAGCUGGGAACCCAGUGAGCCAGGCAAGCAUGUUGGGGUUAGCAGCAGGAACAGCAAGAGGAGGAGCUGUAUCAGCACGAAUUGCCGCAUACAAAGUUUGCUGGUUGGAUGGCUGUAAUGAUGCAGACAUUCUCGCAGCUUUUGAUGAUGCCAUUGCUGAUGGGGUGGACAUACUCUCAGUUUCUCUUGGAGGGUUGAAUGAUGAGAAUUAUUUCAGAGAUGGAUUAGCCAUUGGAGCUUUUCAUGCCAUGAGAAAUGGAAUAUUGACGGUAACUUCUGCGGGAAAUUCUGGUCCAAGCCUUGGAUCACUCACAAAUUUUUCACCUUGGUCUAUUUCUGUGGCUGCCAGCACCAUCGAUAGAAAGUUUCUUACCAAGGUUGGAAUAGGUGACAAUAGAACAUUUGAGGGAAUUUCAAUAAAUACAUUUGACCUCAAGGGACAACAAUAUCCCAUAAUUUAUGGAGCGGAUGCACCAAACACUAAGGAGGGCUUUGAUGGAUCUUUAUCCAGGUUUUGCACUGGCAACACAUUGGAUCCAAAUUUGGUCAAGGGGAAAAUUGUUCUGUGCGAAGGCAGAAGCCAAGCAUCAGGUGCCUUCAUGGCAGAAGCCGUUGGCGCACUGACACAAGGUCAAAAUUUCCGAGACUAUUCUCUCACUUUCCCCUUGCCUGCUUCGUACGUAGACUUGCAAGAUGCUGCCAAUAUUUUCAGCUACAUAAAUUCCACAAGGAAUCCAACUGCAACCAUUUAUAGAACUAACGAGGAAAAGGAUACAUUGGCCCCUAUGGUGCCCUCUUUCUCUGCUAGAGGUCCAAGCCCUGUUUCCCCUGGUAUUCUCAAGCCGGAUUUAGUUGCUCCAGGGGUCAACAUUCUCGCUAGUUGGUCUCCAAAUUCCUCCAUUUCUGAGGUUGACGGUGACAACAGAACUGUGCAGUUCAACAUUAUCUCAGGAACGUCCAUGUCUUGCCCGCAUGUUUCUGGGGCCUCAGCUUACGUUAAAUCAUUCCAUCCCGAUUGGUCUCCCUCAGCUAUCAAAUCAGCUUUGAUGACCACUGCGAUGCCAUUGAGUCCCAAGACUAAUCGAGAUGCAGAGUUUGCGUAUGGAGCAGGACAAAUCGAUCCUAUAAAGGCAGUGAGUCCUGGUUUAGUAUAUGAUGCUAGUGAAAUAGACUUCGUGGGAUUCUUAUGUGGACAAGGAUACACCACAAGGACAUUACAGCUUGUCACAGGGGAUAAUAGCAGCUGCUCUGAAUCAGCUAGAGCUAGUGAUCUAAACUAUCCGUCUUUUGCUCUUCCAACCCCUCCCUCCAACGUCACUGUAAGUGGAAUGUUUAAAAGAACUGUUACGUACGUUGGGUCAGAAAAGUCCACAUACAAAGCCAAUGUGAGGGGUCCUCUGGGGCUGAAAAUCCAAGUGAACCCAAGUGUUCUUUCAUUCACUUCUCAUGGGGAAAAACAGAGCUUUGUGCUGAGUAUUGAAGGAAGCUUGGAAGCAUCUAUGGUGUCAGCAUCUUUGGUUUGGAGUGAUGGCAAGAUCAAAGUGAGGAGCCCUAUUGUUGUGUUUAGUUCCCCACAAUAGGUCAUUACUAUACAUAGAAUAAGUUGAAGCGGAAGCAUAAAGACCUUCUGCAAAAUUGAGUUGGGGGCUGGAAUAUUAACCCCUUGUAACGAUGCCGUUUUUAUAACACACAUGAUACCCACUAUCCAUAUAUAAUGGAAUUACGUCACCCAUUUUGAUUAUA